UCAACCAUUUGGCGCCGUUAUUAGUUAAAGAAGAACUAGAAUAAAAAUGGCACCUUUUUUCUAUGACCAUCGGCUCUGUUCUCUCGCUGCUGCUGCUGCUGUUUCCGUAUUACUUCGCUGUUUGUUCCAUUUCGUCUCGCUAGCUGUGACGACGCUUUUCUAGUUCGCAUCGCAGUAGACGCCGCUCCUCGCUGCUUCUCGUUUCUUGAUCUCCGUGAAGGAAGGAAUGACGAUGGACUGGGAGCCGUGGCAGGCGCUCCAGCGCAAGAGCAAUCACGUCGUCGUCAAGCUGCUCUUCCUCGCAAUCUUCGUCGUCCUCUCCUUCCGCCUUCUCUUCUCCCUCUUCGAUGAGUUCCGUCCCGUGCCCGUGUCCCCCGCCGACAUGGCUGCGCGAGAAGCGCCGGCGGAAUCCAUGGUGGCCGAUGUCCUCGGCCUUGGAGACGAUAUUAAUGGAAGAGCAUCAUCUACAAACUCCGGCUCAACCAUCAACGAAGAGCACGUUGUUUCUAAACAAGAUAGGUGUGAUCUUUUUACCGGGCAAUGGAUCCCAAAUCCUUCAGGCCCUAGAUACACCAAUGAAAGCUGCCGUUUUAUAGAGCCUCCUCAAAACUGUAUGAAGAAUGGGCGCCCUGACACAGAGUACCUAUUUUGGAGAUGGAAACCAAAUGAUUGUGAUGUCUCCCCAUUUGAUGCAAAGAGGUUUUUGGAUACUAUGAAGAACAAAAAUUGGGCACUAGUCGGCGAUUCAAUUCUUCGCAACCAAGUGCAGUCAUUGAUUUGUCUUCUUUCAAAGGUUGAAGAACCUGUCGAGGUCGACCAUGAUGAACAAUACAAAUCAAGAAGAUGGCACUUCCACUCGCACAACUUCAAUAUCUCACUCAUCUGGAGCCCGUUCCUUAUCAAAGCAGAAAUUUUUGAGAACGAUGAAGGCGUAUCGAAGUCUGAAAGUAGACUCCAUAUUGAUACUCUCGAUCACAAGUGGACAAGUCUGUAUAACAGCUUUGACUAUGUCGUCAUCUCCGGCGGGCAGUGGUUCCUAAAAUCUGCAAUUUACGUGGAGAACAACAAAGUAGUCGGCUGCCACUAUUGCCCUAAGCUAAAUUUAUCAGAAAUUAGUCUCGAGUAUGCUUAUAACAGAGUCCUUAAUGCUAUCUACAGUUUCAUCAAAACUUCCGAGCACAAACCAAUUGUUAUAUACAGGACAUGGACACCACAACACUUUGAACACGGUGAGUGGUUUAGUGGUGGGUUAUGUAACAGGACUGAACCGUACAAGGCAGUAGAAUCUGGUGGCAGAGAUGUCGACAACUUCAUGAGAGCAAUUGAGUUGAAUGCGUUCGCUAGGGCAGUGGCAGCUGAAGAUACGCGGAGCGGGGCGCGCUUGAAACUCUUGGACACUUUUCAACUGGCAGUGCUCAGGCCUGAUGCUCACCCUGGUCCUUACAGGGCAUUCCAUCCAUUUGAGCACGGAAAGACUGUGAAAGUUCAGUAUGACUGUCUGCAUUGGUGCUUGCCUGGAGCGAUCGAUGUUUGGAAUGAUCUGAUGAUAAAACUCGUAAUGGACAAGUAAAUCUCAUUGGCAGCUCCACUUUCAGCGAGCAUUUUACUACUCAGUUGUUGGGAUUGAAUUGCUGCAAAGCAUGACAGGAUUCUCAUCAAAUUAUUGCGGCAACAUCCCAUUCGAUUGUGGACAAUUAGUAUUGUGACCAAUGUGAUAAUUGUGAUGAUAUUUUCAUUGUAAAGUUUGUUUACUGAACAGAAAGUUCUAUCAUCUAUCUAUGUAUGCACACACACUCUUGCGGGGAUCGUGGAUAGCAGUUAUUUCAUGCCUUCUCUUA